GAGACGCUGCAAAUCGAAAUUAUCGCCAGUGAAGUUUUUGUUAUGCAAAUCAAUUGUCUAACAAAAUCGUACUUGAAAUAACAAAUAACUUAAAAUCACCAGAGAAUAUAACUUUGCUAGGCAACUGACAGAUGCUCCUUCCAAAGAUGUGCAUGAGAACAACUUUUACCUUAUUGGCCGCGGUUGCCAUUUCUGCAGUGCAAUCUGAAAUGGAAGCGUUAACGGUUGAGGAUAUUUGUAAACAGAUGCCACCAAACAUCUUCAUUUUGCGUCCAAAUUCUUGCGACAAUUGGGUUCAGUGUCCAUCCACACUUAGUGGUCAAGACUAUGAUGAAGGCUACUGUGCGUUUGGCUUAUAUUUUAACAAAGAUCUGAGUCGUUGUGAAUCGUCAGAAGACGUAACAUGUCCCUUCGAGAGUACCGGAAACAAUGAUGUUAACCAGUGCGCUUCAAUGAAAGAUGGCACUUUCUUGGCAGAUCCCACAAAUUGCAACAGUUACAUCUACUGUAUGGAUGGUCAGGAAGCUUAUUCAAAUUGCCCCCGAGAUUUAGUAUUCCACCCCAAAAAAGGUUCUUGUGUAUAUUCAAAUGAAUACCAAUGCCCUAAACAAGCUGAAAACUUAACUGCAAGCCCAAUUUGUAAUUCGAUACCUGGUGAAACAGUAUUCGCCGACAUCACGGAUUGUACGAAAUACCAGCAAUGCGGACAAGACGGCAAACUAAGUUCGUUGCAGUGUGCAGAAGGUCAAGCAUUUAAUUAUACGACAUUGAAGUGCGUUGCUCGCAAGGAGGCAGUUUGCCAUCCUUUAGCACCAGAACUUGAAGCUGAAAUCGAAAUUUGCGGCACGGAGGACCUUGUACGAGAGGGCUAUAUUGCCGACGAUCAAUCAUGUAGCGCAUAUUAUAUAUGUGCCAAGCAGAAGGAUGGAAAACCUGAUCGCAAACCUAUGCAUUUAAAAUGUCAAGAAGGAUUCUUUUUUGAUAGCGCAACUUGGUCAUGUCGUGACCGUCUGAAUGUCAAAUGCGCUUUAGACCGUUGCGAGGGAAUGGAUAACAAAUAUGUGAAUGUGGCUGGGGACUGUAGUGCAUAUGCUCGCUGUAAAAAUGGCGUAACCAUCGCCAGUGGUAAAUGUGACACAAACUAUUUCUUCGAUGAACGUACCCAAGGCUGCACUCCACAUAACAUCAGCUAUAUAGCUUGUUCAGCCUAAAUUAUAACUAACAACUAUUUUGGCAACAACAACUCAUUAUGUUUUUGUAUAAGCAAAUAUACUAACAAAUGGUUAUGAAAGAUUA